UAAAAAUUCGCAAAUUAGUAACUCCGCCUUUUACUUUUACGACAGAUAACCAACCCAUCGACGCCAUAUAUAUCCUUGUGCUGGAAAAACUCUAACAUGAAAAUGCAGAAUCGCAAUGCACUGCACUGCCAGCUGAGAUAAGAGGCAAACAUAUUUUCGCCUUUAAUUUGUAUGAUAAAUUAAGAUUCUAUUAUAAGAUUGCAAAUUAUUAUCUUAGUCACGGUACGAAGGAAUGUUGAAGUAAUUGCAAAUACAAUUGUGUUGUUGCUGGUUUUCAGUACACAUGAUAAACGAAUUACAAAGUCUUAAUUGAAUUGUAUAUUCUUACCAAUCAUAGUGAUGUUACUCUUCAUGCCAUCGACAUGGCUGCGGGUAUCAGGAAGAUGCAAUUGUUUUGCGCUCAAAAUAAAUUUGCAUUGAGACACUUGCAAACAGGCCCCAAUAAGUUAGUUUUCAAUUUAAAACGUAGCGACAAAAAAGAAGUGGAACAUCAUUCAAAAUUAGCCAACAGUUGGUGGGAUAUUCCAGGGCCAGUACCAGGCCUACAUACCCUCAAUGAAAUAAGAGUACCCUUCAUAUGUGAUGGCCUAAUUGGCCAGGGGAAAAUAUCACCAAAUUUGCAACACAAACAAAAUAUUCUAUCCAAUCAAAAUAUUUUGGAAAUUGGUUGUGGUGGCGGUAUAUUAACCGAAAAUCUGGCCCGUUGGGGUGCUCAUGUUACUGCCUUGGAUUUAAGUGAAGAUAUGAUUGCAAUUGCCCGAAAACAUUUGCUCAAUGAUCCAGACCUUGCUAUGGCCAAUCGUAUACAAUACAAAGUUGAGUCUAUAGAGGAGCAUGCUAUGGCUAUAAAGAAUUAUUACGAUGCCAUUGUUAUUUCAGAAGUUUUGGAGCAUAUCGAUGAGAAAAUCGAAUUCUUGGCAGCUGGUGUUGAGACUUUAAAGCCGGGAGGAUCAAUUUUCAUAACCACUUUAAAUAAAACACUUACCAUGUGGCUGGUUGGUGUAGUUUUUGGGGAAUACAUUUAUCGAGCUAUACCAAUUGGAACACAUCAUUAUGGUAAAAUGAUAUCACCGCAGGAUGUCGAAAGGAUACUGAAGAAAUUGAACUGUGAUACAGUGCUUAUAAGGGGCAGCUCUUACAACUUUUUCCGAAACACAUGGCGUUGGACUGACAGCACAUCGAUGUUUUAUGCACUUCAUGCCGUUAAAAAAUGAAGUAUAAUUAUAAUAAUGGAUUUAAAAUAAAAACACAAAUUUAUUUCAAAAUUAUAAACAAACAAAUUAAAAAGUGUCGGUUAUGCUGACAAAGAUAUA